AUGAGUUUCUCCUUCUCAAUCAAGAAGGCGUCCAAUGCGCCUUCCACCAGUGACUCGGCUGCGUCGAGGAGGGCCCCAAACACAGCGGCACAAGGCACUGCAACGGGGGCAGCAACGGGCACGUUGGCGGCGUUUCGCGAGGCUUUGGAGGCUGAGGGGUCCGCGGAGUCGGAGCAGCAGACGGCUGUCGUUCGUCCUUCGCUUUCCUUUUUUUCGCGCAAACCGAACAAGAAGGAGCAGGAACGGACUGAGGAGCUCCUCAAACAAGACCCCAAAGCCCUCGCAUACGAUGACAUCUAUGAGCAGGUCGGCAGCAGCUCAGCGAAGGAGAGGCAGAAUAAGGCCCAAACUAGGCGCACGUACCUUGGGUAUACAGAGGAUAUCAAGGAUAAAAUCGCCAAAGACGGUGCCACAGCAGACGCCCUCGCCGCGGAUGCAGGCGCCACAGAAGGUUGUUCUCUUUCCCCGUUAGGGGGCGUCAAGGGGGAAGCGGGCUCUGAGGAGGGAAGAAGAGGCCCUGCGGCGCGUUUCAUAGGUAAGCUGCUCGUGCAAGCGCAACGGCGGCAGUUGGAACGCGAAAUAAUUCAAGAGAGGCAAGUACAGAAAGAGAGGGAAAGGGAGGGGGGAGCAGCGGAAGAAGUCUUCGUCACUGCUGCAUAUAGAGCGCGAAUAGAAGAAAGGCUCAAGGUGCAGCAAGAGCUCGAGAGACAGGAAGCCAGGGACGCUGCUAGAGGCAAGCAGAAGGACCUUUCCGCCUUCCAUGCCUACUUGCUUAAAUCAGGAGCGGCGACUCGCAGUGAGGGAGACACAUGUCUGGCAGCAGACCAUGCCCCCGCUGCAGCAGAACCGACAUCACCUGCGGUGAAGAGGUCUGAAACGGCGGCCUCUUCAGUAAAAACGCAAUCCUCAGCACCCCAGCAACAUGAACGUCAGGCAAGGCGGGAACUGGAUGAAGAAAUCAAAGGAGAACAGCUGUUAGACACGAGCCCUGGACCCAGCAGUAUCAGCAGCAAAAUGCCUUUGACAAGUGACAUGGUUUUGCCUUUCAAAAGAGCCGCUGAGCCAAAGGUACAACCCGUGCCAGAGAAGCUCUCUAACAAGGCGCUUGCGUCAGCUAGGGCUAGGUAUUUAAAUCGCAAAAAGCUUAAGACUGAGGAAGAAUAA